GUUGUCUCGCGUAUUGUUUCUCAGCCUGGCGCUAUGUGGCAGCACUGUUCUACCGGAAACGGAAUUUAAUACCGAGCAUUGCAAUGUGGGAUAGUUUCCGGAGAAGACGAGAGAGCUGCCGACCGUGUGGAUCAAAAACUGAAAUGAAUUAAAAAUUAAAUUUCCUCUCAAUUAGUGGUCUGAUUUAAAAGUAAUAGGUCAUUGAACAGGAUACACCUUGGUAUCUUGUUAUAGGGUAUAUGUAAAAAUAAAAAAGAGGCGACUGAACAAGUAAGCAGCUGGAAAAUUGAUCAACUAGCUAUAUUAUUAUUGCUAUAUUGGGUUCACACACCCCUUUCUUAUUACACUGUUACAUCUUUUUGGCGACCAACAAUCUUGUUUGGAAUACAGUUUUAUGUAAUUGAGUCAUUGCAGCCGUUCUGGUGAUUACUGUUUAAUUGCAAAUAAAUAAAUAAAUAAAUAAAUAAAAACAAAACAAAAAAAUAUAUAACACAGGGUGAGGAGAGUUUAGCUAUUACCCGUUUUAGGCCGCGCUGAUAUCCUGUUGCAGUGAAUUAAGUAGUAUUAUUAUAAAACCUUACUAAGCAAUGGCUUCUUCGUCUGGGACCGAUGACGACCUUACCAUACCUAGGGCAGCUAUCAAUAAAAUGAUUAAGGAAACCCUGCCCAAUGUCCGAGUGGCAAACGAUGCCAGAGAACUGGUGGUGAACUGCUGCACUGAAUUCAUUCACCUCAUCUCAUCAGAAGCGAAUGAAAUCUGUAACAAGUCAGAAAAGAAAACCAUUUCUCCAGAGCACGUCAUCCACGCACUUGAGAGCCUGGGGUUUGCAUCUUACAUUACGGAAGUAAAAGACGUUUUGCAAGAGUGUAAAACAGUAGCACUUAAAAGAAGAAAAGCAAGUUCCCGACUGGAAAACCUUGGCAUUCCUGAAGAAGAGCUACUCAGACAGCAACAGGAGCUGUUUGCAAAAGCGCGGCAGCAGCAGGCAGAGUUGGCACAACAGGAAUGGUUACAGAUGCAGCAGGCGGCCCAGCAGGCACAGCUGGCAGCGGCCUCGGCCAGUGCAGCACACCAGGCGGGUUCCUCUCAGGAUGAAGAUGAGGAGGAUGACAUGUAAACCUCACCCGGCCACCAGCGUUGCCAGCCUCUGCAGCAGCUUCUCUCUGCACACAAUCAGAAAAACACGUAGUCAGAUGAAUGCUUACUUUCAUUUCGUAUGCAUCUUGGUGGACUGGGGCGUUAAGAAUGCAGGGACACCUCUGUCUGUCAGUGAAGACCAAACCGUUGUGUUGCUGUUUCCAGCUGUACCAUUCAACUUAAGUUUUUUCUGGGGGGGGGAUUUAAUGUAGGUAAAACCCCGGUGAAGAUGUCUGUGUCACAGAUGAAAGAUAAAGAAGGCCCCUGCAGCAUUUUAUUUAAAAUAACAAAAUCCCAGCUCAGACUGUGUUCUUUUCUGACCGCUAUGGUGACAUGCAUUCACAUAUUUCACACGCUAAGUGCCCACGUAUGAAUACAGUAUUGUCCCCAAUUUACAUUUUUAUUUGCUAGGAAAGUGUUAACACUCCUAGGAGGGAUGAAUGCUAAGAAAAAGUUACUUAUUUUCAAUGUCUUCUUCAUGAGGACCAAUCCCUUUUUAAACCCCAAUAAGAACAGACUGCCCAUUGAAUUAGCUGUCUCCUGUUGCAUUACAGCAUUGAACUGUCAAAAGCUGCAUUUGCAGGUCAUCGGAAGUCAUAAUAUAAAGGCUGAUUCGUAGUUUGUCUUUAGACUAACCAGAAUGUGAAUAUUCUUUAAGGAAUGAACAAGGGAUACUUUUAAUUUGACUUAAGCAAGUCUGGCUUCACUUCUAAUUAUAAAGUUGCAAAACAUAAAUCAUAGGAAGCGUAUGUGUGUGUCUGUAUGCUAACUUGUUGGUUUUGGUUAAUUUUAUCUGCAUUUCUUUCCUUUUUUUAUUUUAUUUUUAUUUUUUUUUAAACAUUCACUGUCACUAUUAGAUAUUAAGCCAGACAGCGUUUAUUUGUGGUUUGUUGGGUUUUCUUUCCUGUUACGACCCAUUUACAUGCGUUUAAAUGCAGAAUCAUAUCGCACAGGGUUUACUCUUUGCCUCUUAGUUACAGGUGAAAAGGUUACCCAAGGAGGUUUACAAAGACACUGAAGGCGACUUUGCUGUCUGUUUUGUAAAGCUCUCAAAUUAAAUUGAGUUUCCUCUCGAUAUUAAGUCAAAUUUAGGAGAAGGAGGAGGAGGUUAAACCCAGUGCUUUUUUCACAGUACAGUAUUGCAGUUCAUAAAUGACUGCUAAUGCAAAGUAAAGCCUAAGAGCAAUAGGAAUUACUUUCAACCCAGCCUUGUAGUACCAAAGGAAGAAUUACCCUAGCAAUGGAAAUGUGUCUGCAAAGGUAAAUGUAAGUGUAAGCUAUUCUGGUUUGUGAUUGGUAAACAUGUAUAAAAUAAAUAAAUAAGGUGUUUUGUAUUGUAAAAAAAGAUUUAGUAACUUUCACCUCAUUCAGUUGUUCUUGGUACCCAAGGAUGACAAUUAUUUUCAGGAGAAACAUGUAACGCUGCAUUGUGAAUGUACGGUGAAAUAUUAAAGUGAUUUUGUUGUGACUUCUCAUGGCAGUACCUGUGCUCAUGCUUUUUCACAAGCUGUAUUCUCUGAGCAAUAAAAUUCUGACAUGUUUUAUACAA